UCUUCCGCAUUUACCUGCCGCCCCGCGUGAGGGAGCGAAGCUGGGCGUUUGUCGCGUGAAACUGUACGAUAGUGGCGUUCAUUUAUGUCCCUUUCCAUCUUACGAUUUUAUUGAGAAACGAGUGGCGUGCUUGAGAGCAAACGCGAAAAGUUGUCGACAAGUUUUGACCUCCGGUGUUGAGUUCAGAAUGGGGUGUUGCGGCAGCACCCAGGGAAAACGGGACUGGAAACCACUGGAGGAGCGAAGCUGCACUGACAUCCCAUGGCUCAUCAUAUUCACCCUCUUUUGCAUUGGAAUGGUGUGUAUUUGUGGCUUCACCCUCGCCACCGGAGCUGCAUCGCGACUCAUCUCUGGGUAUGACAGUUAUGGAAACACAUGCGGCCACAACAACAGCAAGGUCGAAGGCGUUGAGCUGAGUGGUCGUAACAUGGUUGACAACAAGUACGUUUUCUUUCUGGAUCCCUGCAACAUUGAUCUAAUUAAUCGAAGAGUUAAUUCCAUUUCCUUGUGCGUGUCUAAAUGUCCUGCCACUGAACUGCAGACGUUCGCAGACUUGAAGCAGUUUGCUAUCAACAAUGGAUCUGCUCUAUGCAACUAUGACAUUGCUCCAAGUAGAUACCCUGGUCACCCCGACAGACAAAAGAAAUGCCCCAAGCUUCCAGUCCCUCCAAGUAAAGCUGUUCCCCUGUUCAACCGCUGUGUCCCCACGGACCUUGGCUGUUUCGCUGAGUUCGCUCAGGCCUUUGUCUCGUUUGUAAGUGACAAUAACGUUUUGCGGCGAGUCGUGGCUGGGCUGAUGGCGAGCAAGGACAUCAUCAUGGGCCUUUGCGUGCUCGCUCUAGUUCUGUCCUUGAUCAUGAUGGUCAUCAUUCGUUACAUCUCGAAAGUAUUGGUCUGGAUCCUGACCGUUCUAGUUGUCAUCGGCACUUUAGCCGGCACUGGCGUCCUCUGGUGGUUGUAUGUGGAUCACAAGACGGCCCUGGAAAACAAAACCCAUUCAGUAUUUGGCAAAGAAGUGGCGUCAGAUAACGUUACCGCUCUGCUCAUCUAUGCCAUCAUCGCCACAGUUUUCACAGUGGUUCUGCUUCUGGUGAUGUUCUUCAUGAGGAAGCGUGUUGCCCUCACCAUCGCCUUGUUCCACGUGGCAGGCAAAGUCUUCAUUCACCUUCCGCUGCUGGCUGUGCAGCCGUUUUGGACUUUCCUGUGUCUGAUGCUUUUCUGGGUCUACUGGAUCGGGGUCCUUCUCUUCCUGGGGACUGCAGGAACCCCGGUGAAGAACAACGCUACAAACCUGGUGGAGUUUCAGAUGCAGGGGCCUCUUCAGUACAUGGUCUGGUACCACGCUGUUGGACUGAUCUGGAUCAGCGAGUUCAUUCUGGCCUGCCAGCAGAUGACCAUCGCUGGCGCCGUGGUCACCUACUACUUCACCAGAAAUAAGUCCCAGAUGCCGGCGACUCCCAUCCUGUCUUCUAUGGCGCGCACUUUCCGCUACCACCUGGGCACUGUGGCCAAAGGCUCCUUCAUCAUCACAUUAGUCAAGAUUCCUCGUCUCAUCCUCACCUACAUCCACAGUCAGCUGAAGGGGAAGGAAAACGCCUGCGCCCGCUGCAUGCUGAAGUCAUGUGUCUGCUGCCUCUGGUGUCUGGAGAAGUGCUUGGCCUAUUUAAACCAGAACGCUUACACUGCAACAGCCAUCAACAGCACCAGUUUCUGCACGUCGGCCCGCGACGCCUUCAUCAUCCUGGUGGAGAACGCCCUCCGAGUGGCGGCCAUCAACACCAUCGGUGACUUUGUCCUGUUUCUGGCAAAGGUGCUGGUUGUGUCUUGCACUGCGUUCGCGGGAGUUCUGGCUCUGAACUAUCAACGGGAGUACACCGUCUGGGUCCUGCCGCUUUUCAUCGUCUGCCUCUUCGCCUUCCUGGUCGCCCACUGCUUCCUGUCCGUUUUUGAGAAUGUGGUGGACGUCCUGUUCCUCUGCUUUGCUGUGGAUUCCAAGUACAAUGACGGCAGUCCUGGACGGGAGUACUACAUGGACAAGUCCUUGAUGGAAUUUGUCGAGAACAGCAAAAAAAUGGGUCGAUACAAGCAAGGCGAUGGAAGUGGACGUGAGAUGAAGUCCAUGACAUGAAGUGGGACGAAAGCUCGACUCAGAAGCUCCUGCUGCAAAUACUCCAAAGAAAAGCUUUCAAAAUGCAACUCACACUGUAACUAAAAAGUCAAGGUGGAUCAGAGAGAAAUGCUUUGAUAUUCAGGUUUUUUUGGUUUUUCUUUCUGCAAGUGCAUAUUGUCUCUUGCUUCUUUAACUUUUGAUGUGACUUUUUAAAAAUGUUUUGUAAAAUACUGAAUGUCUCUUUAUAAGCCAAUUUCUUCAAGAAUAUUUGACUAAAAUAAACAUUUUAA